AUGGGCCACUAUCUUGUGCCCAUCCACCAAACAGAAAGUAGUUUCGAUGUAUUUAAAAAAAAUGCAGAAUAUAUUGUCAAAACCAACAAGGAGAGAAAACCGUACAAGCUCAAGCUCAACAAGUUUGCAAACUUGACCGACGUCGAGUUUGUCAACGCUCACACAUGUUUUGAUAUGAGUGAUCACAAGAAAAUACUCGACUCCAAACCGUUCUUCUACGAGAAUAUGACUCAAGCACCAGAUUCCUUGGAUUGGAGAGAGAAAGGAGCCGUCACCAAUGUCAAAGAUCAAGGACCAACGUGUAGUAAGAAGUCCUAA